AUGGCGCCCAAGCCUCUCAAGAUCGCAGUCAUCCCAGGCGAUGGCAUCGGCAAGGAAGUGAUGCCAGCAGGCGUGGCAUGCUUGGAAUCUCUCUCCAAAAUUUACAAUAUUCCGAUGCAACUUGAGUGGUUUGACUUUGCGAGCUGUGAUUACUACCAGAAGCAUGGCGACAUGAUGCCUCCCAACUGGAAGGAAAAGCUUCUUCAGUUCGAUGCCAUAUACUUUGGCGCCGUGGGCAUGCCCGAUAUCGUACCAGACGACGUCUCACUGUGGGGGAGCCUGAUCAAGUUCCGUCGCGAAUUUGAUCAGUAUAUCAACCUUCGUCCAUGUCGCUUGAUGCCGGGAGUGCCAUGCCCUUUGGCGAACCGCAAGCCGGGCGACAUUGACUUUUGGAUUGUGCGGGAGAACACCGAGGGAGAGUACAGCAGCAUUGGAGGAAAGAUGUUUGAGGGAACGGACCGCGAGGUUGUCAUUCAAGAGACGGUGAUGACGCGAACGGGCGUUGAUCGCGUGCUCCGAUAUGCCUUUGAUCUUGCACAAAGUCGGCCGCGCAAGAAGCUGACCAGCGCGACAAAGAGCAAUGGAAUCAGCAUUACCAUGCCUUACUGGGACUCUAGGGUACAGGAGAUGGCCACCAAGUACCCAGACGUCAGCGUCGACAAGUAUCACAUCGACAUCUUGACGGCUCAUUUUGUGCAACGGCCCAACAUAUUCGACGUGGUAGUCGGCAGCAAUCUAUUUGGCGACAUUCUAUCUGAUCUGGGCCCAGCUUGCACAGGCACCAUCGGAAUUGCCCCAUCGGCAAACAUCAACCCCGAUGGCAAAUUCCCAAGUCUCUUUGAGCCCGUCCACGGCAGCGCUCCGGACAUUGCUGGAAAGGGCGUCGCAAAUCCGGUGGGCAUGAUUUGGGCCGGCCAGAUGCUGUUGCAGCAUUUUGGGCAUAAAGAGGCUGCAGAUGAGCUGCUUCGGGCGAUUGAGACCGUCAUGGCUCGCGCCGAAGUAAAUGUGCUUACGCCGGAUGUUGGCGGUAAAGGGACGACGAAUGGGUUUGGAGAGGCAAUUUUGGAUGAGAUUUUGGCGAGGGCAAACGCAUCAAAGGCAUAG